AUGUUGCCAUUUUGACCCGACCCAUCAACUUCUCCCGUAAUAAAACCCUCCUGUUUCUUGGGUUUUGCUCGAUUAGUUCUCUUCAAAGUUGCAUCUUUGUGUUUGUAUGGAUUUAAUGUUAACUUAAUUAUCCCUUGAAAUAUCUGGGCUUGUUGAAACAGUACAAAAGAUUGUUGCAAUUUGUGUAAAAAUCAUGUUUUGUACAAAAAGUGUCAAGAGAGCUGGGCUUCUUUUGAAUAGGAGCAGAUGGAUCACUAGUUUUUCCAAAUCGAGCGAUGGGGUUUUUAAUCAUGUGGCUUCUGCUCCUGCCGAUAAUAUCGCCAAAAGGGGAUUGCUUGGACCAACAGGAAUUGGUGGUCUCUUUAGAAGGAAUCAAAUUAAUAAUUGUCUAGUGAACUAUCAGUCCCUGUUUCAUCUCUCAAAAACCAACACAGCAGAACCUGCCAUGUCUUCCUUUGCUAGAGCCUUUGCAUCCCAAACAUCAAAAGGAAAAGAUUCUUCCAAGCGUGAAAGAGAAAUCUCUACGGUUGAGGAUCCUUUUGAUGCUCCAACAUAUAAUAUCCCACAGAAACCGGUGACAUUUACUGAGGGGGCUUCAUACAGUCUUGUCAUUCUUGCAGGUCUUGGAAUAGCUGCUGCCGCAGCCUAUGGUGUUUUCUCGGAGCUUAUAUUUUCCCCAAAAGAGUACAAGGUCUUUGGAAUGGCUUUGAAAAGGGUUCAGAAUGACAGUCAGGUUAGUGUUAGAAUUGGCUCUCCUGUUACUGGUUAUGGUCAGGACUCUAGGAAUCGUGCUGCUCGUCAACGAAUUCCUCAUAGAAUUUGGACUGAUGAAGAUGGUGUUGAGCAUGUUGAGGUUAAUUUCUUUGUGCGUGGACCACAUGGAUAUGGGAAAGUUUUCACUGAAAUGUUUAAAGACAAGGAAGAAAAGCAAUGGAAGUUUACAUAUAUGAUUGUCGAGAUAGAUUCACCUUCCAAGGCACAACUUAUGCUUGAGUCUUACAUUCCGGGAGUUGCUACCUGAAAUCGUCUCUAAAAAAUAAAAUUAGACAUCACCCAUGGCUGGUCUUGUUGAUCAAUCCACAUUGUCCUGUUCACAAAAUAGCCUCCAUGGUUAUUUGGACACUUCUGAUUGAGCCAUCAUAGGUGUUCGCAAUUUACUUGCAGCUUGUAUGUUCUGGAUUUAAGUUUUAGAACAUUCAUCAGAAAUCAAUCAUCAAGUUUCAAGUUUGAGCUCUAUUAAAUUUACGAGAUAUAUAUUCUUACCCAAGAAUGUGAACCAUAGUUCUUCUCUUUUCUUGCAACUCGAGUGUAAGUUUGAAUGCUUUCAAGGAUUUGAAAUUUAGUGUCAUUACAAGAAAUUUUUUUAUCAA